AUGGUUAUACACUGUAUUCUGCUUCAUGGGCUUUGCAACGAUGGCUCGAUGGUUGCGGCAACAGAGUUUUUCCGGAAAAUAGAAGAGAAGGAGCCCAUAUAUGAUGAGGUCUUUUAUGCGACUGUCAUUAGUGGGUUUUGUAAGGCUGGAGAAACUCGGAAGGCACUUAAGUUGCUUAAGAGAAUGUGCAGUGAUCAGAGGAUUAAACCUAAUCGACAUUGUUUCAAUGCGAUCGUUGACGGUUUGUGUAAAGGACGGAUUGAUAAGGCCUUGAGUUUGUUUCAAGAUAUGAUCAACUAUGGUCAUCUACCGGAUGCUGUGAGGUAUACAUCUUUGAUACACGGAUUAUGCAAAUUUGGUUUCUGGGAAGAAGUUAUGAGAUUCCUUGUGAACAUGCUCGACAGUGGAAUCUCACCUACUAUAAGAACCUACAACUCUUUAAUCUAUGGAUUGUGCCAUUCAAGCCAAUGGAGUGAAACCAUCAAGUUGUUUGAGAAAAUGAAGGAUCGAGAUAUUUCCCCGGAUGUAAUAACAUAUAGUAUUCUAGUGGAUGCUCUUUGCAAAGGGAGAAGGGUGCAGGCCCAAAAACUAUUUCAAGAAUUUAUUCAACGUUACAAAGAGCCGGGUGGGAAUGCGAUAAUUUACAGCAUAUUGAUUAAGGGGUAUUCUUUGCAAGCUGAAAUAGAUAAGGCACAAGAGAUCUUUGAACAAAUGACAUCAAAGGGUAUUAUUGUACAAGAUGUUGUUUCCUACUGCACGUUGGUUGGAGGAGGCAACAUAAAGGUCGGAAGAACAGGUGUUGCUCUCAAGCUUCUGAGGAUAUGA